UUCCGUGCUGAACACUUCACACGGUAGUUUCAGAUGCGCUCUUGCUGUGGGAGGAAGGCGUGAUCUUCCGCAUUGUACCUGCUGCAUGUGUGCGCGCGGAGCAGAAACGAGAGCGCACUGAGACGUCCGGUACACAGAGCGGCCAAUAUGCGGCUUGACACUGCAUGUUGAAAUAUGGUGAAACAGCCCCCUGAAAGAGGAAAUGUCAUUUUCUAUGUGUGAAGCUUCUUUGGAGAGUUGAGUACGAAUAAGGUAAAAUGAAGGACCGACUGUUGGAGCUGCAGGGUCUAAAGUUGGAGGAAGAGGAGCCCAGGUCUAAUGAAAGACAUGACGCAAACAGUGGGGAUCCUGAUGAGGUUCCACUGCAGCAGCAUGCCGUGGUCUUCCAGGGAGAGGAUGUCAUGGAUGGCAUCUACAAGGACGCCCAAGCCAUGAGGAAAGAGAUGUUCCUUCUCAAAAUGGACGUCAAGCGCUUGGGAAAACAAAAUACCAGAUUCCUGACGUCGGUGCGGCGAAUCAGCAGCAUCAAACGAGACUCCAACGCUUUAGGAAAAGAUAUUAAAGCUAGGGGGGAAGCCAUCUAUAAACGUCUGGAAAAUCUGGGCAAGCUGAGCAAAGAACUGGAAGAGAAACAAGGCCCAACUUCAGCCGUGGUUCGAAUGGUGAGAUCUCAAUACGUAUCUCUAACCCGAGAAUUUCACGAAGCCAUGUCUGAUAACGAAGCCGAGAUGGCCCAAAGGGAGAACUGCAAAACACGGAUACAGCGGCAAGCGGAGAUCAUGGGCAAAGAGGUGACCAGGGAGCAGAUAGAUGAGAUGAUCGAGACUGGGAAGUGGAAUGUGUUUUCGGACAAUCUCCUGUUAGAGGGGCGGAGCGCAAAAUCGGCCCUGAACGAGAUCGAGAUCAGACACAAGGAGUUACUGGACCUGGAGAGUCGCAUCCGGGAUAUACAUGAAUUGUUUUUCCAAAUGGCGUUGUUGGUUGAGGAGCAGGGGUGCAUGAUAAAUAAUAUAGAGGCUACUGUGUGCGCAACUGAAGACUAUGUCGCCAAUGCCACAGAGCAGAUUAAGAAAGCAGUGAGAUACAAGAAGAACAAUCCAUGUAAAAAGCUCUUCUGUUGUUGCUUUCCGUGUUGUAAUUAGAAAAGAAAAGACACAAAAAGACACACAAUCCAAUGUUUUAUGUAGUUACCAAAACAGCACUGAGGAUUUGAGCAACCCUGACAAACUGUGAUGACUUGGUUGAUGCUAUUAUCCUAGUUCUCACGCCAGAUGUUGUAGCUUGGAUUGCAACGUUAGCGCCUAAUGGACAAUUUUCAGUUCAAAUGCGUUUACAUUGCAUUGAUAAUUAAAUCUACCAACAUCUGCUUUUCUAGUCAUAAUGAAAUCAGCUUGAAGCGUAAGACAGCCCCUUCUGCAUCCAUCUGUGUUUGCCUGCACAUUAGGAUGAUGGAUGUGAUAUCUGAUAAAGGUGCUUCAGUGACUCACCUGGUACGGCGUGUUUACACAGGGCCCGAGCUCAGACUGGAGUUCAUAAACAUGUCAGGGCAUCUAUCUCUUUAAAAGUUUAUCCACAGUAUAAGUACCGCUUACUACAAACACAAUUCUUACAUACAAAAUAAGACGUACAUUUUACAUCUUAGGGGGUUUUCACGAGUUUCAUAAUGUCCACAUGAAAAUCCAACGACAUAGCCUUUGUAACUUUGUAACUUGGUAGGUGUGCCAGUAAAGUAUGCAGCAGCACAGAUAUGCAACUCAUAAUCUAGCCGUUUACUUUGCAUUUCCUUUAUUUGUUUAUAGUGGAAACCUACUAAGAGAAAUAACAGAAAAUACUGAAUACUGUUACAAGAGAAUUUAUCAAGAGUUAUUUUACAUUUUACCCAAUUUCCACAUAUUUUUCUUUGGUCAUUACAGCAGCACAGACACACAGUUACAAUAUAAUGCUUUAUUUUGUACUUAUUUUAUUGUAUUUAUUAGGAAAUCCUUAAUGAGUCUUCACUUUUUUCUUUUAAAACAGAGAAUGAAUAUGUAGGUUGGCAUGGCACUUCCCAACACUGUUAUCUCAGCAACCACAAAUUUAUUUUUUGUGUCAGGGUUGUGGUAUUUAGUUUCAUUUAGUUUCAAGUUCAUAGUUGUAGAUUUUUUCAGCCCUUCCCUAUUGAAGCGUGAAGACCUACUUCUAUUUUGAUCAGGUUUUACAUAUAUUUUGCAUAGCUGCUGUAUAAAAUGGUUGUUCAUAUGUUCUACAACUUUGACUUGAGUCAUACAGUAUUUAAGAUUUAUUUCAAAAUAAAACCUUGUCUUAAUUGUU